UUUUAAGAUUCUCUGUUUUUAAAUGGCGUUGCCAGGCUGAUAAUACAAUUCGACAAGUUGGCAGCCUUGGACGCGAGAACGAGAAAUGAGCAAGUAGUGGAAAGUUCCAACAAGAUGGCAGACCCAGGCUAUUGACUGUGCGCAUUAUUUUAAAACCAAACGGACAAACGAAGACGCCUGCGCCCACGGAUUUCUUAGGAAUUUGUGCUUAAAAGCAGUUCAGAAGGGUUUAAUCUGUACAUAUAAGUUAAUAGGUUGCAAAGUAAGUUGCAGAAAAAGGGAAAAAACAAGGAUUUCCAGGCGGCGCACAUUCACACGGGCACGCAUACAAGUGCAACUGCCGGCGUCACUUUUGGACUGUACGCGGUAAAAACAGAAAUAAUUGAUUUAAAUUGCCUGCAAUGGAUGUAUCCAGUGGAAAUACAUCGCGGCAGCCGCCCAAGAAGUCAAACCAAAACAUUCAGGUGUAUGUGCGCGUCAGGCCCCUGAACUCGCGGGAGAGAUGCAUCCGUUCUGCUGAGGUCGUGGACGUAGUGGCGCCCAGGGAGAUAGUAACACGCCAUACCCUGGACUCCAAGCUGACCAAGAAGUUCACCUUCGACCGCAGCUUCGGGCCCGAAUCCAAGCAGUGCGAUGUGUACUCCGUGGUGGUGUCUCCUCUGAUCGAAGAGGUCCUGAACGGCUACAACUGCACGGUCUUUGCCUAUGGUCAAACGGGAACGGGCAAGACGCACACCAUGGUGGGCAAUGAGUGCGCCGAACUGAAGUCCUCUUGGGAAGAUGACUCUGACAUUGGCAUUAUUCCACGAGCGCUGAGUCACCUCUUCGACGAGUUGCGCAUGAUGGAGGUGGAGUACACGAUGCGCAUCUCAUACCUGGAGCUCUAUAACGAAGAGCUGUGCGAUCUGCUAUCCACUGAUGACAUGACCAAGAUUCGUAUUUUCGACGACAGCACCAAGAAGGGUUCGGUUAUCAUCCAGGGCCUUGAGGAGAUACCUGUGCACAGCAAGGAUGAUGUGUACAAGCUGCUGGAGAAGGGCAAAGAGCGCCGGAAGACGGCAACUACUUUGAUGAACGCACAAUCCUCACGAUCUCACACUGUCUUUUCGAUUGUGGUCCACAUAAGAGAGAAUGGUAUCGAGGGCGAGGAUAUGUUAAAGAUCGGCAAAUUGAAUCUGGUGGAUCUGGCUGGCAGCGAGAACGUCUCGAAGGCGGGCAACGAAAAGGGUAUACGUGUCCGAGAGACGGUAAACAUUAAUCAGAGUCUGCUGACGCUUGGCAGGGUGAUCACAGCCCUUGUGGACCGUGCUCCCCACGUUCCCUAUCGCGAAUCAAAGCUCACCCGGCUGCUCCAAGAGUCGCUGGGUGGCAGGACCAAGACCUCCAUCAUAGCCACCAUCUCACCGGGCCACAAGGACAUCGAGGAGACGCUCAGCACCUUGGAGUACGCCCAUCGGGCCAAGAACAUACAAAACAAGCCCGAGGUGAACCAGAAGUUGACCAAGAAAACGGUGCUCAAGGAGUACACAGAGGAGAUCGACAAGCUCAAGAGAGAUCUCAUGGCUGCCAGGGAUAAGAAUGGCAUCUACUUGGCCGAGGAGACCUAUGGCGAGAUGACCUUAAAGCUGGACUCGCAGAACCGCGAGCUCAAUGAGAAAAUGCUGCUGCUGAAGGCCCUAAAGGAUGAGCUCCAGAACAAGGAGAAGAUCUUUAGUGAGGUGAGCAUGUCGCUCGUAGAAAAGACUCAGGAGCUGAAGAAGACUGAGGAGAACCUCAUGAACACCAAGGGAUCGCUGCUGCUUACCAAAAAGGUGCUGACCAAGACCAAGCGGCGUUACAAGGAGAAGAAAGAGUUGGUGGCCUCGCACAUGAAGACUGAGCAGGUUUUGACCACACAAGCAAAGGAAAUCCUAGCCGCAGCCGAUCUGGCCACCGAUGAUACCUAUCAGCUCCACGGAACUAUAGAGAGGCGACGCCAUGUGGACGCCGAGAUUCGAAAAUCCUGCGAUAAGUUUAAGGAUCGAAUGCAGGACAACCUGGAGAUGAUUGGCGGCAGUCUGAGCCUGUAUUUGGAACAGGAUGCAGCCUCCAAGGCGAGUCUGAGCGCAGAACUGGAGAACUCCAGCAAUGUGAGCCAACGACUCGCCAGCAAUGCCACCAAAAGCAUUGCGACGCUGAUGGAAAUCUGCAGCCAAUCUUUGGCAGAUCAGGCCCAACUGCAGAAGCAGUUGAUCAAUGAAAUAUCACAGAGCUGCGAUCAGCACACUCAGAAGCUGGUCGCCCAGAUGCUGGAUCAGAUGCAGCAGCGCGAGCAGCAAAUGAGCAGGGACAUUCAGGUGAACCUGCAGGAGAUGGAGGAGAAUAACCAGCGCCACAAGGCCAUGCUAGACUCCAUUCAGGAGAAGUUCUCCCAGAUAAUUGACAGCAGUUCCCAGUCUCUGGAAAACCAUGUUGCCAAAGUAAAGCAGCAGCUGGAUGAGCUCAGCGGUAUGAGUGUGCCGGAUGGUGAGCACCUGAAGCAGCUCCAGGAGGAGCUGGCCAAUGAACAGGCGCUGGCAAGGCAGGAAGAGGCUCUGCUUGAGUCCCUAAUGAUGCAAAUGGAACAGAUUAAAAAUUUAAGGGCCAAGAACACCAAAAGUAUGUCUGAACGCAUCGGUCAAUUGGGAGAGAAUCGCUUGGCCAGAAAUAAGCACAUCGAUGCGACCCAGUCUGGUAUACAGGAUUACCAAAAGUUGGGUGCCGUAGCCUCUCAAUCCGCCCGAAAGGAACUCAGCGGCCAAAUGGAGGCGGGAAUGCUAUGCCUGGACCAAAGCAUCGCCAAAUGCUCCAUGCUCCAGGUGCACUUGCAGAAUCUCGGCCAAGAGUGCGCCAAACAAACAGAGGUCAAUGUACAGGCUAGCCGCCUGCACCAGGUGUCGCUCAAAGAAAUCUGCCAAAAGAGCGACAAGCUACUAGAGGAGCUACAGGGAAAACAGAAGGUCCAUCUUGAGGAAUUUGCUAGCGAGAAGCAGCAGCUCAUUACCGAGGACAGGCAGCGGUUCAGAGGCCAUUCGACUUUAGCCAGCGACCAUGUGCUUGAGAUGACUCGUCAAACUACCGAACAUGGGGCACUACAGCGCCAGCAGCUGCAGAUCUGCGAACAGGAGGUGACGCGCUUCCAACAAAGCGAGCUUAAGACGUAUGCACCCACUGGGACCACUCCCUCAAAGCGUGACUUUGUGUAUCCACGAUCACUGGUGGCCACGUCGCCGCAUCAAGAUAUCGUAAGGCGAUAUCGCCAGGAGCAGGAUUGGUCUGACUUGGACACAACGGCCACCAUAGACGAGUGCAGUGAAGGUGAGGAUGAUGCUUCGUCCCUGCACUCUGUCCAGGAGCUCUCCGAGACGGAAACCAUAAUGAAUUCCACGCCCAUUGAAGGCGUGGAUGGCAUCAAUAAAAAGCGUGGCAGUGGCACUAGGAACUCGAAUUCGAAUGCUUUGAAGCCUCCGGUAGCCAGCGGAGGAAGCAGUGGCAAACGCAGUAGCUCCUUAUCCCGCUCCCUAACGCCCAGCAAGUCUUCGCCAAGAAAUUCACCAGCCUUCAACCGGCAUAACAAAGAAAACGUGGCCUGAUUGCAUUGAUGUCCCUCGCCGUACUCAUCCCAGUAACUCACUUGAAUCGUUUUGUUUGUUUGGCUCUUUUCAAUAUUCUCUUUAUUAUUAAUCUGUAUAUCAAACAUUGGAAUUUCGUACAAUUAUUAUUUAAAUAAACUUAGUAUGCUAUGUAAAGUUAA